AUGAUCUCUCUAGUAAAAAAUCUAACUCUACUAGGCCUUGAACUGUCACUUAUUGCAUAUCCUCCUGCAGAAUGUGAUUCACCAGAACCAUGGCAAAUUAGUAUUCAAGAAUCUGCCUCUCCUGUUGCGGAAGGUAUUUCUGAACUACUUGAUUCUCUAACAUUUUAUCUAAUCAUUAUUGUAUUUGGUGUACUAUGGGCUAUUUUCAAUACAGUACAUUACUACAAAGAAAAAAAUAAUCCUAUUACACAUCAUUUUAGUCAUGGAGCUACUAUUGAGCUAGUAUGGACAAUCUCUCCAGCUCUAUUCCUUAUUGCCAUGGCUUUCCCAAGUUUCAAACUUCUAUAUCUUACAGAUGAAGUAUAUUCUCCAUCAAUGACUAUUAAAGCUGUUGGACACCAAUGGUAUUGGUCAUAUGAAUACUCAGAUUUCCUAAAUGAAGAUGGAGAAUCUAUUGAAUUUGAUUCAUACAUGAUCCCUGAAUCAGACCUUGAAGAUGGACAACUACGACUACUAGAUGUAGAUAAUAAUGUAGUUAUUCCAGUAGAUACAAAUAUUCGAUUUAUCGUUACAGGUCAAGAUGUUAUCCAUUCAUUUGCUGUACCUUCUCUAGGUAUGAAAGUGGAUGGUAUUCCAGGACGACUAAAUCAAGCUGCUACAAUUGCUGAACGAGAAGGUCUAUUCUAUGGACAAUGUUCAGAACUAUGUGGAAUCCUACAUGGAUUUAUGCCUAUUUGUGUAGAGGCUGUAAGUCCAGAAAAAUACCUAGAAUGGAUGGAAAGUGUAUCUUAG